CAUUGAACUUUCAAGUUCAUAGUUAUACGCUUCGAGGCCAGGCUUUUGAGCGACAGUUAGAUGGUUCGACUGCAUCCGCCAGCGCGCGUGCUGCGAGCACGAGGGCUGCAGCUUGAGCAGGGUGGUCCAUGGGCCUGGACCAAGUGGGCAGGCGCCAGUGGCCAGGCUGCACUUGCCGCGCCAUGUGCCAGCACAGAGGAUGCCACAGGCAGCGACAGCAGUAGCACUGCCGAGGCGCCUGCUCAGCGCGGCUGCACAGGCUCGCCGCCAGCUUGCCCGCCAGCAGCCUGGGGUCAGCAGGCAUCGCUGCUAGGCCACCGGCCAUACCACGCCUGUCGUACUAGCACAUGGACCGUACCGGUGGGGCGUGGGGCGUGCGGCUGCGCUGAGGCCGGCGCUGGCAUUUGGGCCCGCCCGGGGCCCGCCUGCAGCGCCCCCGCCGGCGAUGCGUGCGCCAACCAGCCGCUGCUCCUCAGACCCGUCAGCAUUGCAACUGCUACUGCUACUGCUACUGCCACUGCCACAGCUACAGCUGCGUCUGGCGCCGCCAUUGGCAUCACCUCCAGCUGGGCUGCCGCAACGGCUGCCUCUGCCGCAGCUGUCACUGGCAGCGGCCGCAGAGCUCCGGAGAGCUCGCCCGGGGCUGCUGCUGGUGCUGGAGCCCGAGCUCGUGACGGUGCGGGUGCCGUCGGGCACACAGCAGUCGCCGCGUGGUGGCGGACUCGCCGCAUCGGAGGCCAUGCGCCGCCAUUGGCGCUCGGGCUACAUCGCGGGCUUGCGACGACACGGGAACGUGCCGGGAAUGGUGGCGCACGCUCGGGUGUUGGCGGCGGCGGCAUGGGCUCGCAGCCUGGCCGCGGCUUUGCCACCAGACCCGGCUCUGGCGCCGGCACGGCCGCUGGCACGGCCGCUGGCGGCGCUGCCGACGCGCAGGCGAAGCCACUGCCGUUGCGCUCGGCUCUGCGGGCGCUGUACAGGCGCGUGCACCCGGACCUGUUCCACGACAGCGCCACAGCCAAGGCCGAGAAUGAGCGCUCGCUCAAGCUGUUGCAUGAGUACCUGGCGCUAGCCCGCGGUGGCGACGGCCGCUCGCCGGCGGCCCGGCUGCCGUACCGGUUCGUGUUCUACAUGCGGGAGGCGCCCUCAGGGCCUUCGGAAGCGGGGGAGCCGGAGGCCGCGGCAGCCGGGCCGGCGACGCCACCGCUGCGGCCACGCGCCGGCGAGACGGGGCCACCGCCGCAGUCAAUGCGACCGGCCGGCGGCGGCGCCGCCACACCCCCAGCUCCGGGGGCCCCACCAGCGGCACCAUCAGGCACGACUGGGGCGGCGGCGGCAUCGGCAUCGGCAUCGGCAUCGGCAUCGGCAGCAGGAGCUGCAUCGGCAGCAGCAGCAGCAGCAGCAGCAGCAGCAGGGACAGGGACAGGGACAGGCGCAGGCGCAGGGACAGGCGCAGGCGCUGGCGCUGGCGCAGGCGCUGGUGUUGGUAGCGGGGAAGUGGGGGGAGCAGGGCCGGUAAGAGGGGCAGCCGGCGGGGUCCAGCGCCGGAGCCCGGAGGCGGCUGGGGUCGACACGGCGGCCGGCACGGGCCACCUGCACAAGGUGGAACUCACACUGCCGCCGCCAGCCAUCACCACAGCGGACAGCCGCACCCUGGCCGGCCCCACACGCAAGGCGCUGGUUAAGCUGCUGGCGGCGUGCGGCGUGGCCACCACUGGGCACGACGGGGCCGAGGGCGGCGAAGGCGUUGGAGGCGGCGAGGGCGGCGAGGACGGUGGCGGGCCGCUCAGCCUGGCUGCGUUCCUACCGGAGGCCGUGGAGGCGCUGAGACAGGCGGAGGCGGCGCGGCCGUCAGACCCCGCAGUGCGAGUGGCCAACCUGCGAGGCGCCCUGCGGCUGCACCACCAGGUGAUGGUCAGCUUUGCCAACAAGCUGAUGCCGCCUGCCAAGCAGGUGGCGCUGCUGGAGCGGCUGGCCGUGGUGGUGGACGCCGUGGCCCGCAGUGCGCGUGUGCGGCUGGGCGGCUGCCACAUCGUCAUCGGCGACAGGCUGGGUCUGGACCGGCUGGGUCACCUGUGUGUGGCGGCAGACGAGGAUGACGCCGCCUGGCGCGCCUUCCUGACAGGCGUGGACCUGGGCUUCGUGGCGCAGCAGCGCAAGACCGUGCAGGCCAUCCGUACACUGGAGUCCAAAGUGGCCAAAGCGGUUGGCCUGGCCCAGGUCUACACGCAGUACGGCAACCUAGCCGAGCCGUCGUACAGGACGUUUCUGGAGCGGUUGGCGGCGCUGGCGGCGGCGCGCGGCCCGGCGGGCGGUGGCGGCUUCCAACCGCUGUCGUUGUGCGUGUUGCCGCCCGUGCCCCAGAUACAGGGCCAGCCGCGCGAGCCUGACUUCAAGCUGGACAGCAACGUGCCUGGGGUCGUACAGGCUUCCUCCGCGGCUGAGGCUGACGCCUUCUAUGACUGGCUGGAGGGCCGCGGCACCUCCAGUAGCGGUGGCGGUGGCGGCGGCGGCGGCGCUGCACUGACCGCACUUCGCGCCCGCCAGCACGAGGACGCGGGGCUGGCGGAGCUGACUGAGCGGGUCCGCAACCGCCUACGGUUGCGCAGCCUCACACGCGACGGCCGGGUGGCGCCGGGGCACUACCGUCGCGCCUGCGGGCUGAUGCUGGAGCAGGCGGCGGCGCUGGGUGCGUUGCUGGAGGGAGCCACAGUGCGGGUGGCAUUUGCAAACCGCCUCGCGCCGGAUGGGUCGGCAAUUGAAAUUGCCUGGAACUGCGAGCUGUGAUGCUGAAGUGAUGCGGAGCGGCUGUGACAGGCAGGGCCUAGAACAGGUGUGAUGUGGGCGUGUGAGAGCCUAGGGGAAGAGGGGAGAAUGUGUCCAGGUGGGUGGUUGC